CUGAUUCUUGCGUGAUGAUGAAAAGAUCUCUUAUAGUAUCGGCAAGACGAUUCAUUCAAAUACCACAAGGACCAUAUGGGGACCAGAACCGUUUCAGAGCUGCGUUUGGGAAUUCACAGCGGACUGAUGCCAAGCAGGAGAGAUCUCCAGACUCACCCAAUACAUUCAGGUUUUCACCAGAGAAAAGUAGCCUGCGAGGCAAGUGGCACCACAAGCGCAAUGAUUAUGGCUCAGAAGACAGAAAUAAAUACCCUUCAAGAGGAGGGUCUUGGUCUAAUGGUAGGCAUGAUAACCAAAGCCGUCAAGCUUUCAAUUUCUCCACAGGAUCUGAAAGGGCCCAGACGGCGCUUAAAAGUCUCAUCUUAAAAGUUAAGAGCAAAAGCAGCAACUUCAAUGUCAACUAUGUUGACCCAGAAACCAAGGAAUUCCUCACUGUCAGCUUGCAGACCUUGGUUAACAAACUCGACUUGCAGAAAGAGGGCAUCAGAGUGUUGCCUCCACAGGGUGAAGGGCCACCUAUUAUCCGCGUGAUUCCAGUUGAAGAAAUGCUAGAAAAUUAUUCAAAAGAGCUAGCUGCGCUCAAGCAACAGGAAUUGUUUGACAUGGGAAGUACUCGAGCUGUCAAAUUAGCAAAUAUGCGUGCGCAAGCUGAGAGAAAGAAAUCUGCGACAAAGAUUCUAACUCUUUCUUGGUCCAUCAGUGUGAGUGACUUGCUCAACCAAAAGAAAAACGAGAUUGAGAAGAGAAUGAAGAAGGAUGGGAAGUUGGUUAUUUUUGUGGGCGAGAAAAGCUCACUUUCUGCAGCCAGAAUAAAUGCAGAGAAAGAGGAUGUGUUGGUGAAUGAACUAAAAACGUCAAAUACAAAUUGGAAUAGCAUGGAUGAAGAUGCCUACCUUCUCGAAGUAAAGAAGAGGGAAUUGAUUUACGCCAAGUUGCAGGAAAUAUUACAGGAGCUCGGGUGCAAAAUCGAAACUUCGGGUAGCUUGGACACCAGGAUGAUGAUCAAGAUGUCUUCCAAUAGCAAAUCCGCUGCUCAGUCUGAAACUAGUCAUCAACACCUCUCGCCCAAAGAGCUAAAAAAAUUGAAGAAACUAGAGAAAGCUAAAGAGAGGGUGAAGGCUAAGGAGCUGAAGUUGGCAGAGGAAGAAAUCGACUCGCUUUACCAGCUAAAGAUCGAGGACUAGUCCUUCCAAAAAAAAAAAAAAAAAUUGUAAAUAGGUCGAGCA